AUGACUUCAUUCCCUGAAAAAGAAGAUCCAAAGACUUUAGUCUUAUUCGAUGUUGAUGGUACUUUAACUCCAGCUAGAUUAGCUAUUUCUGAAGAAAUGAAACAAACUUUAGAAAAAUUAAGAAGAAAAGUUGUGGUUGGUUUCGUUGGUGGUUCUGAUUUAAGUAAACAAGUUGAACAAUUAGGUCCAAAUGUUUUAGAAGAUUUUGAUUAUUGUUUUUCUGAAAAUGGUUUAACUGCUUAUAAAAAAGGUAAAGAAUUAGCUAGUCAAUCAUUCAUUAAUUAUAUUGGUGAUGAAAGAUAUAAUAAACUAGUUAAAUUUAUUUUAAAACAUUUAUCUGAAAUUGAUAUUCCAAUUAGAAGAGGUACUUUUAUUGAAUUCAGAAAUGGUAUGAUUAAUGUUUCACCAGUUGGUAGAAAUGCUUCAACUCAAGAAAGAAAUGAUUUUGAAGCUUAUGAUAAAAUUCAUAAAAUUAGAGAAACUUUAGUUAAUGCUUUAAGAGAAAACUUUGCUGAUUAUGGUUUAACUUACUCAAUUGGUGGUCAAAUCUCUUUUGAUGUUUUCCCAACCGGUUGGGAUAAAACUUAUUGUUUACAACAUGUUGAAGAAGAAAAAUUCGAACAUAUUCAUUUCUUUGGUGAUAAAUCUUAUAAAGGUGGUAAUGAUUAUGAAAUUUAUUCUGAUCCAAGAACUAUCGGUCAUGCCGUUAACUCUCCAGCUGAUACCAUUAAAAUCUUAACUGAAAUCUUUAAAUUAGACGCUCCAGAAACUUAUUAG